AUCGUCACUGCAGACACUAGAUGGCGCACUCCAGCUUUCCGGUGGUCUGCGACCCGCGAGAUCUAUAAACACAAAGAAGAAGAAGAAGAAGAACACUUCCGGGAAAGAAAACCAAACACAUGGGUCUGUGUUGACAACCUGUCAAGCUAGAGGGUGCAGUCAUGACGAGGUGGGCGAGAGCCAAUAACAUCCACAAGCACAAACCAGCCGAGGCCACUCCAUGGAGUCAGCUGAGAGCCGGGGCAAGAGCUACUGCAGGCAGGUCGGGUGACCCUGCUGUUGCUCAAGGGGGAUCUCAGAGGGACCACCUGAGGAGGACGCUGCCCAGUGGAUCAGCCGUGAAAAAGCCCAACCGUAAGAAGAAGGACUACAUCAACGAGGACGUGAACGGCUUCCUGGAGCAUCUCCAUCAGAGUGGACGGCCGCUGCCUAGAGCAGACGAUGGAGGGAGGGAGUGGGAGCAGGGUCUGAGGGAGGAGGUGGAAGUCGCCUUGAAGAAAGACCAAAGGAGGGAGGACAGAAGGAUAAAGAGACAAACGGACAAGAAGAGCAACAUGAUGUGUUUUAACUGCAGGAAGCCCGGCCACGGCCUGGCCGACUGUCCAGAGGCCGACAGAGACGAGGAGAUGGGCCGAGGCAUCUGCUACCGCUGCGGCUCCACCGAACACGAAAUCCACAAAUGUAGAGCUAAAGUGGACCCGGCUCUGGGCGAGUACCCAUAUGCAAAGUGCUUCAUCUGCGGUCAGACUGGACACCUGUCGAGGUCCUGCCCGGAUAAUCCUAAAGGACUGUACGCACAAGGAGGCUGCUGCCGUGUUUGUGGUUCAGUGGAACAUUUCCAGAAGGACUGUCCGGAGCACCAGGCUGAAACCAACUCUGUGACGGUGGGCUGGUUGUCCAACAACAUGAGUGCAGACCACGAGGAAGUUCAUGUUCCAGUGAAGAAAGCCAAACCCAAACAGACCAAGGUGGUGAUGUUCUGACGGAACCUCUGAUACAGAGUUCACACCUUCACCUCUAACCAGACUCAACCCCUGCUCUCGAACACGUAGUAUAUUUACCAUUCAAGCACUGUGAAGUGGUUCACAUGUUUCUGUUUCCCCUUGUAUAACUGAGGUCCUUUUUAAUAAAGUGUGAUUUUAUUCUGCUGGAA